AUGGCAUCUGCGGAAUCUACCGAAGUUGCAGAUGAGAAGUGGUGCAGAGAGAACGGACUGCCAUCAAUCGACCAGCCUUUCAUACAAAAGUACCUCGAUGGCAGGGAUGCUUUGGUGGCGCAGGAAAAGCAGCAACGUGCUGAUCAUGCCUUCCGGGAGAUGCUGACCCCCAUGGCCAAAGAAGCAGCGGCAGUCAUCUCGGCGAUCAGAUUUGAAGAAGAGCAAACGUUGUGGAAUUCCGACUUUGAAGACAGCAUAGCCAAGACCACAGAUCAACCAAUCUAUCCCGGCAUGAUGUUCUCCUUGGCCAAGGAGCGAAUGGAGACCAGCAAGCUCUGGCAGAUAGUCAGAAAGAUGCCCAAGGGCUGCUUGCUUCAUUGUCAUCUGCAUGCCACCGGUGAUUUGGACUGGCUGAUUGAAGAGGCUUUCUCAACUCCAGGCAUCUGCAUUUUGGCGGAGACGUCAUUGCAUACCAAAGAUAUCCGACAAGACCACCGCGUGCCAUAUCUAUUCAAGUUCGCAAGUACGGGGUUGCAGUCUGAAGGUCCACCACUGUGGUCAGAAUCCUACAACCCCAACGAUCUGAUCCCAAUCAAGACUGCCGCAGAAAGCUUCCCAGAGGAAGGCUUUAAGAAGUGGGUCAAGUCCCGAAUCACGCUCUCCGCAACGGACGCUAUUUCACACCACUUGGGGCCAAACGAUAUCUGGUCCAGAUUCAUCGCUUGCUUUGGUGUCAUCAAGGGUCUCGUCAACUACGAACCCAUCUUCAGAGGUUUCCUCAAGCUGUUCUUCCGGGGACUGCAUCAAGAUGGCAUCAAGUGGGUCGACAUCAGGUGUGACUUCAACGCAAAGUUCACACGCGAGGGACAGAAUGAACCAGAUGCUGAUUUCAUACGAUGGUUUGAAGUGCUUGAUGAAGUCUUGGAAGAGUUCAAGGCCUCCGAAGAAGGCAAGGGCUUCUGGGGAGCGACUGUGAUUUGGACAAGCAUUCGACAGUUUGGACCAAAGUAUGUCAUGGAAGAUAUGCAGAAGUGUAUUGACACGAAAGUGGAGUUCCCAGAUCUCUUGCUCGGGUUCGACUUCGUUGGACAGGAAGACAGAGGUCGUCCACUCGUAGACCUCACACCCGAAAUCUUCUGGUUCAAGAAAAAGUGCGCCGAAGCGGGAGUAGACAUACCUUUCUUCUUCCACGCUGGUGAAACGCUUGGUGAUGGCGACAGUGUUGACGAGAAUCUUUUCGAUGCUGUCCUGCUUGGCACGAGGCGAAUCGGACACGGCAUUUCUUUAUAUCGGCAUCCACUACUGAUAGAAAUGGUCAAGGAAAAGAAAAUCUUAAUCGAGUCCUGCCCAGUCAGCAACGAAGUCCUCAGAUACACCGGCAGCAUCAAGAUGAACGUCCUGCCUUCCCUCAUCGCGCGAGGCGUACCCUGCUGUCUCGCGAACGACGAUCCGGCAAUACUUGGGCAAGGCACGAAUGGCAUGACGCAUGACUUCUGGCAGGCACUACAGGGUUGGGAAAACCUUGGACUCGCCGGUCUGGCAAGUCUGGCUGAGAACAGCAUCCGAUGGGCGAAUUUUGAGGAAUGUACGGCGAAAGAAUGGCAGCAGGAUAUCAAAGACGGUGCUUUCGGGAAAGGCGUCAGAGCAGAGAGGAUGCGUGAAUGGGCGGCAGAGUUCGAAAAGUUUUGUGCUUGGGUCGUUCAGGAGUACGGAGCUGAUGUUGAUGAGAAUAGCUUGGACUGAGCGCCACUGCGGAAACGACAGAGCGAGAUAUUAGAUUCAUGAAGAACAUGAUUCAACCAGAUGGGAGAUACUAGACUUCAACAGGCCUUAGAAAGAAAGAAGAGGCUAGAUAGUGCCAGGCCGUGUCGCGGAGUUUGCCCACAAAGCGCUCUCUGGACAGCUCGAUCAAAAAAAAAUCUGUUUGCUGCAGUCGCUGCGUCGGCCU